AUGGGUAGCGGGUGGCGGAUGAUAGGUAGCGGAGGGCGGAUGAUAGGUAGCGGAGGGCGGAUGAUGGGUAGCGGGUGGCGGAUGAUGGGUAGCGGAGGGCGGAUGAUGGGUAGCGGGUGGCGGAUGAUGGGUAGCGGAGGGCGGAUGAUGGGUAGCGGGUGGCGGAUGAUGGGUAGCGGAGGGCGGAUGAUGGGUAGCGGAGGGCGGAUGAUGGGUAGCGGAGGGCGGAUGAUGGGUAGCGGGUGGCGGAUGAUGGGUAGCGGAGGGCGGAUGAUGGGUAGCGGAGGGCGGAUGAUGGGUAGCGGAGGGCGGAUGAUGGGUAGCGGAGGGCGGAUGAUGGGUAGCGGAGGGCGGAUGAUGGGUAGCGGGUGGCGGACGAUGGGUAGCGGAGGGCGGAUGAUGGGUAGCGGAGGGCGGAUGAUGGGUAGCGGAUGGUGA